AUCCGGCCGGCCCCGACCCGCCAAGCCGCGCCGGAGAUCGAGGAGGGCUCGCCCGAGGCCCCGCGGCGACCGGGGCCCCCGGCAAUUCCGCCGCCAGUGAGGCGCGGAGGAACCUCCCCUCGCCCGCCCGUGCUCCCUCCCUCCCUCCCUCCCGCCCCGCUCCAGGGAAGGAAGGGAAAGAACGCAUCUUGGAAGGACGAUUUGUCCGUCCGUCCUCGUCGCCGUCCCCCAGCCGGUGCGGUGGGUCGGCUCGCUCGCCCUGCUCCGCUCACCUCAGCUCACCUCAGCUCACGGGGCCGGAUUUGGUGUGGCGGUGCGGGUGCGGUUGGGGUGCGAAUUAAAAAAGGGCGAGGAGAGGGGGAGUGGUUAGUUCUUCCCUACUCCUGGCCGCUUGCAGCGGGAGCGCUAGCUGCUUCGUUGUCCCGCUCGUGCCAUUAAAGGCGUCCCCUUCCUCCCUCCGCCCCCCUCUCUCUCCCCGGUGGUUGGGUUCUCGGAAGAUCUGCGGCGGUUCUCGGCAGGGGUUUGGGCGGAUUCGAGGAACAAGACGGGGGCCGGGUCUGAUUCGCCGUGGUAUUUAUGUGCCAUGAGGAAGCUCUUCUUCUCCGAGUUGACCUCCUGCAAGGAGACCAAGCUGCAGUCGGCCACCCACUCAUGGCUGCCCAUGGACAAAGGCAAGCUCUCCAAGUUCACCGGCCACUCCAGCUCCUCCUCCUCCAUAGAAUCUCUGAUGAAAAUGCCGGAGCCGCCGGUCCUCCCGCACUUCAAGCCCGCUGACUACGUCGACAUACUGGCCCAGAUUCACGAGGAGCUGGAGUACUGCCCUCCUGACGAGAAGUCGUGCCUGUACCUGCUCCAGUUCCAGGUCUUCCGCGGGCUUGGCGAGGCCAAGCUGUCGCGAAGGAGCCUCCAGGCUGCCUGGGAGAAGGCGAGCACGAUACACGAGAAGCUCAUAUUCGGGGCAUGGCUCAAGUACGAGAAGAGAGGGGAGGAGCCGAUAUCCGACCUUCUUGGCUCGUGCGGCAAGUGCUCUCAAGAGUUCAAGCUGCUGGAUUUCGUCUCGCAGAUCUCCGCCGAGUCGCACGGGAUAAGCUAUGACGACGAAUCUGAUGAGUUCCAGGGCUCCCCGGUGGUUCAUUUCCGGAUAAGGGAUGACAUGAUUGCCUGCGAUAGGCGGAAGCUUGCGGCCUUGUCAACUCCACUGUAUGCGAUGCUUAACGGUGGGUUUAAGGAGUCACAUCUUGAGGUCAUUGACAUGUCUCGGAAUGGCAUCUCCCCUAUUGGCAUGCGGGCCAUCAGUAAAUUCAGCCUGUCAGGAAGACUACCGUAUUUGUCAGCAGAAUCUAUCUUGGAGAUGCUUGAUUUUGCUAACAAGUUCUGCUGUAAGGGCCUCAAGGAUGCCUGCGAGCAAAAGCUUGCUUCUUUUGUUUCUUCCAGGCAGGAUGCCAUAGAUUACAUGGAGUGUGCUAUUGAGCUGGGCUGUUCCAUCCUUGCCGCGUCAUGCUUGCAGGUGCUCCUGAAUGAGCUUCCAGAAUGCUUGAAUGAUGAGCAAGUGGUUCGGAUAUUCUCCUCUGCGAAUAAGCAGCAGAGAUCCACUAUGGCUGGCAAUGCAUCUUUCUCCCUAUAUUGCCUUCUUGGUGAAGUCUCCAUGAGCAUCAGUGCAACGUCAGAUGUCACCGUAAGCUUCUUGGAGAAGCUGGUUGACUCGGCAUCGGAUUCUAGACAGAAGCAGUUGUCCUUGCAUCAGCUGGCUUGCGUGAGGCUGCUAAGGAAAGAUCAUGCUGAAGCGGAGCGCCUGUUCAAUGCCGCCUUUACCGCUGGUCAUGUCUACUCGGUAGUGGGGUUGGCUAGAUUGGCCUCUCUGAGGAGCAAUAAGCAUUAUUCUCUCAACUUGCUUGACUCUGUGAUGUCAUCUCGCUGGCCUCUUGGGUGGAUGUAUCAAGAGAGAGCCCUAUAUCUGGACGGUGAUAGCAAGCUGGAGAAUCUCAAUAAGGCUACUGAACUGGAUCCUACCCUUACAUACCCCUAUAUGUUUCGAGCUGCAUCUUUGAUGAAAAGGCAAAGUGUUGAAGCUGCCCUGAUGGAGAUUAACCGGAUCCUGGGGUUCAAGCUGGUCCUGGAAUGCUUAGAGCUAAGGUUCUGUUGCUACCUUGCUCUAGAGGACUACAGAGCUGCCUUAUGCGAUGUACAGGCAAUCCUCACGCUUGCUCCAGAUUAUCGUAUGAUUGGUGGUCGGGUGGCUGCGAAGCAGCUGCGUACACUUGUGAUGGAGAAUGUAGAGCAAUGGACGACUGCUGAUUGCUGGAUGCAGCUUUAUGAUCGGUGGUCCUCUGUGGAUGAUAUUGGAUCCCUCUCGGUCAUAUAUCAAAUGCUGGAGUCAGAUGCUGCUAAGGGAGUACUCUACUUCAGACAAUCUUUGCUACUUCUCAGAUUAAAUUGUCCUGAGGCUGCAAUGCGCAGCUUGCAGCUUGCUCGCGAGCAUGCGGCAAGCCAGCAUGAACGACUUGUUUAUGAAGGAUGGAUACUGUAUGAUACUGGCCACUGCGAGGAAGGAUUGCAGAAAGCGGAAGCAUCCAUUGCCAUACAGAGAUCAUUUGAGGCAUUCUUUCUAAAAGCUUAUGCUUUAGCUGAUUCGAGUCUUGAGCCGUCAACCUCAGCAACAGUCGUAUCGCUUCUUGAAGAUGCAUUACGGUGUCCCUCAGAUAGACUUAGGAAGGGCCAGGCUUUGAAUAACCUUGGGAGUGUUUAUGUGGAUUGCGGGAAUCUAGACUUGGCAGCUGAAUGCUACAUUAACGCUUUAAAGAUUGGCCACACGAGAGCUCAUCAAGGCCUCGCCAGGGUUCAUUUCCUUAGGAAUAACAGGACCGGUGCAUUCGAGGAAAUGACCAAGCUGAUAGAGAAGGCCAGGAGCAAUGCAUCAGCAUACGAGAAGAGGUCUGAGUAUUGUGACCGGGAUCUAACAAAAGCUGAUCUGCAGAUGGUCACCAAACUUGACCCCCUCCGGGUCUACCCCUACAGAUACCGUGCUGCUGUUCUGAUGGACAACCACAAGGAGAAAGAUGCCAUCUCAGAGCUGACCAAGGCAAUCGCCUUUAAGGCGGACCUGAACCUGCUCCACCUGCGUGCGGCCUUCCAUGAGCACGUGGGCGACAUCUCAGGCGCCCUCCGGGACUGCCGUGCAGCACUUUCCGUGGACCCCAACCACCAGGAGAUGCUCGAGCUUCAUCACCGGGUGAACAGCCAAGAACCCUGAGCCCGUUGUUGUACAUACAGGAGGGGCUCCCAUAGCGAAAACCCAUACCAGUGUAUGUUCUGUACCAUACGCAGCAAGCAGUAAUUUUUAGUUUUGAUGGUGUCUAGUGCGGCUGUAAGGAUUGUGAUCAUCAAAACGACUAAAAUUAAGCCACGUGCUAUAUGGAAAAUAUUACAUUCCACCUGUGUCACUUGGCUACACUAACUGGGCAAUAGGCUUCAGCAUGCAACAAUACACUGCAUACUGCCGAUUGAACCGAAGGCCUGGCUGUUGUGUUCUUCAGUUUUUGGACUGCUGUAAGAUCCACUUCAUUUGUGUUAGUACUUAGUAGUGAAUCUGUUGCGACAUGCAAUUUGAUAUGUCCAUUGUGUAACCAUUUUCGUACUUUGUAAACUGCUGAAUAGCACUAUUAGUUGAUCCUCAGGCUGCAGAUGUAAGGAUAGUCCAUGUAGUUGUCUUUGUGUGAUUAACUAUGGUUAGGGCCUGCAAAUUGGAUAUCAUUUCUGAUUAUCAUGGUCGGUAAACUGGUAAAUAACACUACUAAUAGUUGCAUAUGGUUGAAGACUGGAAUGAUCUGCAUGAGUUGGUUACCACUGCAUGUUAUUCCCCUGAUGGACAGGUACAGUUAUUUUCUUGUUAGUGAACAUGUGUACUUUGUGUAGUGGCCAUGAAACUAGAUGAGCUUAUGUUAUAUUUCUCUGUUACUUUUGAAGGUUGCAAUGGUGGCCUGGUGGGAUCUCACAAGGGAAGCUGCCAUUUAUUUGAUACAACUGGUAACGUGAUGCCACCAAUACCACCUAAGCAUCUGUAUCUUGCGCUGCAGUUUGCUCAAGGAAGCUCCUGGCAAGUCCUGACCACUUCUGCAGAUUCAAGAAUCCGUGUUGUUAAUGGCUAUGGGCUUGUUCACAAAUUUUUAAAGGGGUUCAGCAAUACCAGAAGCCAGAUCUCAGCUUCUGUAGCUCCAGAGUGUAAAUUUGUAGUCUGUGCAAGUGAGGGCUCCCAUGUGUUAAUGUGUAUGUCUGGAGACAUGGCAACAGUCCCCGUCCAAGCAGAAGCAGGAGUCCAUGAUGUAGCUGUCCAACUCGCAUGCCCAGUAUCAUUUGAGCGUCGUAGCAGCAGGCAGCCAGACACAGCGAUUCAGACGGUGCAGUGAACUCUGUCCCUGAAGCUCCUGUACAACACGGUGAGCAUGAACCGAAUGGGGCUGCUCACAGAUGCAUCAAGAGCCCAGUUCGCGAAGCUGGUUCAAAGCAAAAACACCAGCAAUCAUCCAGUUGAAGCACUGUCCCCAUCCUUGCCCGACGAACAACCACCGUCUGCCAAGAGCAGUCGUAGUCGUGGCUGUCCAGCGCCUGUCCGCGUGGGGUUUGGUAUUUGUCACCUCAGGACGAGGAGAAAUCAGAGUGUUCCUGAAUUCUGGUUUCCCUAUUCGAGUGUAAGAGCGUGGAGCUGUUGGUUUCUUUACUGUAUAGUUAUCUUUUAUUUCUUCACCAGUUCACCUAGAAUCUCAGCUAUUUGGAAGUUCUGGGGACUGGUUAGCAUGCUACGUUUUUCUAGUUUGGUCAAAAUUUGUCUUGUUACAUAGUAGUAUUAUUACAUAAUAUUUCAUUCAUUUUUUUUUGUGUGUGUA